AUGAUUGAAAGCGCUAAAAUGGAGAAUAUUACAGUAGCGGUACGAUGUCGGGAGCCCAUCGAUGAGGAAAAGCAUAGCGGGAGUCCAACUAUUAUAUCAAUUGGUGAUAAUGAGGAUGGUACCUCGAAUGAGGUGAUAGUGUUAGAUGAAAGUACGGGAAGGAAGAAGAUAUACACUUUGGAUGCAGUAUAUGGGGAACAAGAUGAUCAGAAGAAAUUGUUUGAUGAGACCGUUAUUCCAUUUUAUAAGAGCUUCUUUGAUGGGUAUAACGUGUCGAUAAUGAGUUAUGGAUCGCGGUUUUCUGGUAAAAACUAUACACUGUAUGGUGAGUAUUCUGAAUUACAAAACGCAAAUAAUGCUGAAUCGGAGAACUUAGGGGUAGUGCCGAGAGUACUAUCUCGACUGUUUAAGGAUUUGGAGAGCAAUGGAAAUGAUCAUAUAAUAAAAUGUUCUUUUGUGGAAAUAUACAAUGAUGAGUUAAGAGAUUUACUAAUAGAUACAGGUAAUAACGCUAAUGGGAACAAUAGCAACGGCGCAACUGGAAGCACGGGUAAAAAAUUGAGAAUUGUAGAUUCUGCAAGCAACGGUCUUAGGUCAGCGGGAAGCAGUAAUUCAAGCACAAGAGAUAAUUCACCGUUGACAAAUUCUAAGAAAAUACCCACUGCAAUGAUGAGGAAAAGAAUGGGGAAAAGGUCGUUACCACCAAACAAUUCUAUUUCGAAUAAUACUGCAAACAAUAAUAGGCUUUCACUAUCAAGGACGAACUCUUUUUCUGAUUAUUCAUUACAGAGUUCUCAUGAAAGACUGAAUAGUAUAUAUAUUCAAAACUUACAGGAGAUAACAAUAACGGAAAUCGAGGAAGGAAUGGCAAUUAUAAAAAAAGGGUUAAAAAAUAGAAGAAUUGCUUCCACCGGCUCUGCAUCAGAUAAGAAUGAAUUUUCUAAGAGAAGUCAUUCCAUUUUCAAUAUCACAUUAUACAAAGAGGAAGAAGUUAAUGAGGUGUUUAGAAUGUCUAAAUUGAGUUUUGUGAAUUUUGCUGGAUCAGAAUAUGGAGAUAAUAAUACAAGUAAAAAUGGUGCCUUUAAUUCAAAUUUACAGAGUUUUAAUAAAAUGAUUAACGGCAUGGUAAAUAACUCAACUUAUGCAUCAUUCCUGGAUUCCAAGUUAACACAACUUUUGCAAAAUAACUUUGAUGGAAUCACCAGGACAUUAUUUAUCGCUAACAUAGCACCAUUAAAAAAACAACUAGAUGCUACUUGUUCAGUGUUAACUAUGGCAACUAAAAUAAAAGAAAUAAAAAAUGAACCAAAAAAGGGAUCAGUAAUAACGAAAGAGUCAUUAAUUAAAAUUCUUUCAAACGAAUUAGUUAAAACAAAAUCGGAUUUAUUAUCAUAUAAGUCAAACGAUAAUGGUAUUUAUAUGGAUGAAAAGCAUUACUCAGAGUUAACAAAAACAUUGGAAUCAUACAAAGAGAAAAUUCAAAAUUCAAAAAAUUCAAUUAAUGAAUUAACAAAGAAAGGAAAUGAAAUUAGGAUUGAAAAGAGAACAUUUGAAGAAAUCAAUGAACGCCAGAGAAUCAAGUUACAGAAUUUAAGGGAAACAAUUAGCAAUUUAAAUUGUGCAUUAGAAAAACAAAGUAAAAGAGAAUCUGAGUUAGAAAAUAUUAAAAUAAAACUACAUUCUAUAUUGGGAAACAUGCAAAAAUCUGUUGAAAAAUAUUCUGAUAAAGAAAUACAUUUGCAAAAUAAAUUGAAGUUAUUAUAUGAUAAGGAAUUAGUCAAAUUAAAAAAUUCUUUAGAAAGUAAUUUUGCAGAUAUUAAAAAUAGGAUGCCGGAUGAUAAUGAUAACAUGAAUACCAAUAUUGAUAAUAUUAAAGCAGAAAUAUUAAAAAUAGCGAACCAAUCACAAUCUAAAGUUAAGGAACUCUUAACAAAUAGUGCAAACCAAGUUUUAGAUACUUCACCAAAAUAUUUUGAACAGUUGGAUACUAACCUAAAGAAUUUAGAGGAAUCAGUUGAGAUCAAUCAUAAUAAAUAUUCAGAAUUGUUGUCAGAUAUUAGCGAAGAGUUCAAUAAUUUGAAUAAUUACAUAAAUGACAAUUUUCUCAAGUCUAGCCAUGAAGAACUUAUCGAUACAUACAUUAAUAGGACCUAUCAUGAAGUACAAGGUAUUUCUGUCGAAUUUACAGAAAACUUUAAGAAACUAUUGGAUAUAUAUGUUGAAAAGAAUACAAAAAGUUUAUCAAAGAGUAUAACUUCAUUAACUUCCGAAAUUGUUGAAAAUGAAUUAACUCAGUUUAAUCCAGAAAAGAAAAAAUGGGAAUUAGCAUCUAAUGAGAUCAUAGAAAAUUUUAACGAAAGUAUAACCAAGAAUAAGAAUAAGAACAGCGAGAUAUUAGCUAAACUAUUAUCUGAAUCGACCUCAACUUCAGAACUUUUUAUAAAUAAUAUGAGCUCGAUAAAGAAGAAUGUGGAGAUUGUGGAAGAAUUUUCCGAAAUAUUUAACUCAAAUGAUUUGAUAAAGUCAGAGUUUUUAGAAAUCAUAAAUAAAAAUAAAAAGUUAAAAGAUCUCAUUACGGAUAAUUUUAAUUCUUCAGAAAAUUCCAUUGAUUCUUUUGAUAAUUUGAAGGAAGCUAUGCAAAAUGUCUUCAAGAACGAAAUGAAAGAAUCAUAUAGCAAUGACACAUUAAAUUUGAAAGAAAUUUUUGAACAAAUGGAACAACAAAAACUGGGAGUUAAUUCCUCUUCAAAAAAGAAAGCAUACAAACAAAAUCUUUCCCCAUCUAAGAUUUCACCAAUAAAAUCUUCAACGAAGUUAAAUAGUCCUCUAAAAGUUGAAAUCCAAUCACUAUCUGAAAUAGAUAUGAAGAGACCGAUCAAGAGAAAAUUAAAUCUCAACCUUGAUUUAUCAGAAAAUCUUAACUCAAGUAAAAUGAUACAUAAAGAAUGA